CCGCGCUAGAAUGUGUAGUAUAUAUCAAGAAGUAAUAAUAUGUGUGAAUAAAAAUUAGAAACAAAAAUAAGUGAUGGGGAAAAUCAUUGUUUUUCCUUAAAAUAAUGGUCUUUAAAAUAAAUAAUUACAAUACUAAGCAUUCCAUUUUGUAACCUGCAAGCCUUAUAUUAUUGCCAAAUUUUGUUAUUUUUUUCUACUAUGGAACAAGAAAUUGGUACUUGGGAUUCUGUAUUAUUGGAAAAUCUUUCUGAAGAUAGUUUCAUUAAUAACAUACAUCAGCGUUACAAACGUGAUCUCAUUUAUACUUACAUAGGCACUUCCGUGGUGGCUGUUAAUCCAUAUCAUCACAUAUCAGAAAAUUCGUUGGACCUAAUACAUAACUAUGGUAGUAAGGGCAUAUUUCAAUUGCCUCCACACAUUUAUGGCCUUGCAAAUUUAUCAUUUCAAUCUCUUAAGGAUAGAAAUGAGGAUCAAUGCAUAAUUAUGACGGGUGAAAGUGGAUCCGGUAAAACCGAAUCUUUCAAAAUGAUUGUCAAUUUCCUAACACAUAUUCAAGAAAAAUCUAAAAGAUCAUCAUCUCUGAGCAAACAAUCUUCUGCUGGAUCCAGUGGUACGCCAGCCACAGCAGCAGGAGCCGCUGGCUGUUCAUCUUCCCACAGACAUCGACGCACAUCCAGUUCUUGUUCAAUGGGGCCGACAUUAAGCUAUUUACAAAAUAAAAACCCAAUUACUGCCGCCAAUUCAAAUACAUGUUUGGCAAUGCAACAACAACAACGCAGACAGUCACCUUCUCCAGGACCACCAACACCAAAAUACUGUGAUGCAGCUGCCCAGCAUAGAACGCGUGCCGAAAGCUCCGAACGGCAAGGGAAACGUAGUAUGAAAGAGAAAAUGGUUGACUUUGAUUUUUCACAUCACAAAAGUACGGAAAAUAUAUCUACCCUAGAUAGUUCAAUAUACACCACGGCCAUGUCAUCACAUUGUGGCCAACAGUUGUCAACAACCUUUGGCAUUACCUUAUCACCUCAUCCACCAAAAUCCUGUUUCAAACAUCAUCAGUCAACACAAAUUCCCCAUAAAUCUGCCUCAACCUCGAAAUCUUCUUCCACCAUCUACUUGCCUCGAAGCACAUCGCCGAAAUAUUUGACAUCUUCCGUUGGUGUUGGUGGCGGUGGUUGUCGCCAAUGUGGCCACAGUAAAUGUACUAGAGCUCAAAGUUUUGAUAGAGAUGAUGGAGAUAUAAGUAUAUCCUCACAGCCGGGUAAUUAUAGCUUAUCAACAAUGUCCUCGACACAUUUACAACGUGGCAGUUGUUCAAAUUUAACCAAGCAAAGUUUAUCGGAAUGCUGUAAUCGCGAUGAAAGCUCACAUUUAUCUGGUUCCAUGCAACGCAUUUCUUUAUAUGAUGCUCAUAAAAUAAAUCAAUCGGCCAUCAAUGCGCUCAAAUUGUGGCAAUCAUCUCCGGCAACGCCAAGAAGGCAUAAAAACCCUUUGAAGAGAUUAAGAGAAUGUGUUUCAUUCGCUGAUGUUUUCCUAGAGGCCAUGGGAAAUGCUGUAACGCUGAAAAACAAUAAUUCCAGUCGUUAUGGGAAACUUUUUGAUAUAGAAAUUGAUUUUAAGGGCGAUCCAAUUGGUGUUCACAUAACUCAUUAUAUGCUGGAAAAGACUCGUGUGACUGACGUUUCUUCCGGUGAAAGGAAUUUCCAUAUAUUUUAUCAAUUACUGUCUGGCGGGGAUUUACAAUUAUUAAAAUCCUUAAAAUUGUACCGUAAUGUCGAGAAGUAUGACAUUUUAAAAAACACAACUGCCUUGGAGGAAGAUCGGACAAAUUUUCACUACACAAAAAAAUCCUUAGAUGUCCUUGGUCUAUCUUGUGAUGAAAUAAAUUCAAUUUUUCGUAUAAUAGCGGUGGUAUUGAAAUUAGGCAAUUUUGUAUUUGUACCAAUAACAAAUAUUGAUGGCACCGAGGGUUGUCAAAUAUCGAAUAUUUACGAGGUUGAAGAAACUGCUCACCUACUCAAUUUAGAAGCUCAAAUUUUAAUCAAUUGCCUUACAAGAGCCUGCAGCUCAAACAGCAGUUUGGAAGAUGUCGGUUGCGAGCUAGAUGCCCGCCAGGCAUCAAUGAUACGAAACACAUUGUGCCGCACUCUAUACUCAAGACUUUUCACAUGGUUGGUGAAUAAAAUCAAUGAUAGUCUUAAAUCAACGCAGCGCGAAAAGAAUUUAGCUCUGCUGGACUUUUAUGGUUUUGAAUCUAUGGAAUACAACUCAUUCGAACAAUUCGCCAUAAACUAUAGCUCCGAGAAAAUUCAUCAAAAUUUUGUUCACAACAUCCUUAGAGUGGAACAAGAAUUGUAUGUACGCGAAGGUUUGGAAUGGUCUAGAAUUGAUUACUUUGACAACGAGUCGAUAUGUGAGCUGAUUGACAAGCCCAACUAUGGCAUAUUGAGUUUAAUCAACGAACCACAUUUGACCACCAACGAAGCCCUAUUGACACGUAUACAACAGUGUUGUGCGGGUCAUCCAUGCUUUAUGAUAGCUCAACCCAACUCGAUGACAUUUCGCAUUCGACACUAUGCCAAUGUUGUGCAGUAUUCUGUGCAUAGAUUUUUAGAAAAGAAUUCCGAUAUGCUGCCAAAGUACUUAAGUUCAGGUUUAUAUCAAAGUAAACUGCCACUCGUACAAAGUCUCUUUCCCGAGGGCAAUCCUCGGAGACAAGCCAAUAAAAAGCCCACCACUUUAAGUUCCAAUAUACGCACUCAAUUAAAUACUUUAUUAGCCAUAAUUAAGCCGCGAUGUUCACGUUAUAUAUUUUGCAUAAAACCAAAUGAAUGUCGUCAAUCGAGAACUUUUGAUAUGUCCUUGGUGCAACAUCAAGUUCGCUACAUGUCUCUGAUGCCGCUGGUACAUCUCUGCCGGCAGGGUCAUUGCUUUCACAUGCUUCAUGCGAAAUUUUUUUUACGCUACAAACUUUUAAGUGCCAAAACAUGGCCGCACUAUCGUGGCGGCAAAUGUGUCGAGGGUAUAGCUCUCAUAAUACGUAAUCUUCCAUUGCCAUCAGCUGAAUUUACGAUUGGCACAAAAAAUGUGUUCGUACGUAGUCCACGUACCGUUUACGAAUUGGAACAAUUCCGCAAAGGACGUAUGCACGAUUUGGCUACUCUGAUACAGACCACAUUUCGUAUGUAUCGCGAAAGAAGUCGCUUUCUGAGACUGCGAUCAAGUCAGAUUGCAAUUGCAAGGGCUUGGAGAGCGUGGAGGUUUACAUCAUACUUCCAUACACGCGAACAAUGCGGUACCGUGAAAUACAAACAAAGAGGCAAUUGGGCAGUUGAAGUUAUAACCCGAGCUUAUAUUCAAUACAAAACUCGCCAAUAUCUUAUGACCAUACCUCAAAAAUUACCACCAAAUUCAUUAAGUCCUCUGUCAAUGGAUUGGCCGGCAGCUCCAUCAUUUCUUGAAGAAACAUCGCGUCUGUUGCGGGCCAUCUAUCAUCGUUGGAAAUGCUAUUUAUAUCGUAGUUCCUUUGACCAGACAUCGAGAAAUCGUAUGCGUGAAAAAGUUACAGCCAGUAUUAUAUUUAAGGAUCGCAAAGCUUCGUAUGCUCGAAGUGUGGGACAUCCUUUUAUCGGAGAUUAUGUGAGAUUAAGGCCAAAUGCCAUGUGGAAACGUAUGUGUUCGGAAACAAAUGAUCAGUAUGUUGUGUUUGCAGACAUUAUAAAUAAAAUAACAAGAUCAAAUGGUAAGAUUGUGCCUAUUUUGUUGGUCAUAUCCACUUCAUCGUUAUUACUACUGGAUCAAAGAACUUUGCAAAUAAAAUAUCGUGUGCCUGCUGCAGAAAUUUAUCGUAUGUCACUAAGUCCAUAUCUAGAUGACAUUGCCGUAUUUCAUGUGAAAGCUUCCGAAUUUGGUCGCAAGAAAGGUGAUAUAGUUGUUCAAGCAGCACAUAUAAUAGAAAUAGUUACAAAAAUGUUUUUAGUCAUACAAAAUGCCACAGGGAAACCACCUGAAAUACACAUUAGUACCGACUUUGAAGCUAAUUUUGGCCAACAAACAGUUAUAUUUAAUUUUAAAUAUGGCGGUAUGUCGGAUCUUGCACAAGGACCACCAAAGGUUACUAGGAAAGCUAAUCGUAUGGAAAUUAUUGUAUGAUCCGCAACUAAAAGCUAUCGUUGGACAUCAUUGACAUGUUUAAAUGCCUAUGAACUAGAUGCAAGAGCCAAUUAAAAAUUGUCUCCUCAAAUUCUUCCCGAAUAUUUUUCCAUAAAACAAAACUCUAGAGUAUCAGAAUCUUAAAAAAAAAACAACACAACACAAAACCUGACAAUCAUACAAAUUUAAUUUCAUCAAUUAUUUGAUAUAAAUCUUUAUAUUGAAACAUAUUGCUUCAAUUUUUGUCGCUAAUUUAAGAAUUCUAAAA